UCCAUCCAUCCCCGUGGAGAGAGAACCAUGACAGCCCGGUCAGUGCAGUCCCUCUCCGGAGCCCUGAAGCUCGUAUUCAGCCACCGGUUAACCAGGGUUAAUGGAGCAGCAACAUGCACUCAGAGACACAAGUCCUUUUACGCUCCUCCACCAGCACGGUAUGGAGGCCGGCACACCGUGACUCUGAUUCCCGGAGAUGGUAUCGGACCAGAGCUCAGCAAACACGUGUGUGAACUGUUCCGGUUCUGCUGUGUGCCGGUGGACUUUGAGGUUGUCAAUGUGGACUCAACGAAGGACUCAGAAGAUGACAUCAAUAAUGCCAUCAUGGCUAUCAGACGCAACGGAGUGGCACUGAAAGGAAACAUUGAGACCAACCACAACCUGCCACCAUCCUACAAGUCCAGAAACAACCUGCUGCGCACCACUCUGGAUCUGUAUGCCAAUGUGAUGCACUGCCAGUCUCUACCAGGAGUGAGGACGCGCCACACCAACAUCGACAUCAUGAUCAUCAGGGAGAACACAGAGGGAGAGUACAGCAGCCUGGAGCACGAGAAUGUACCGGGGGUUGUUGAGUGUCUGAAGAUCAUCACCAGGACCAAAUCUCUACGCAUCGCUGACUACGCCUUUCAAACUGCUCGCGCUAGUGGCCGCAGACGAGUCACUGCUGUGCACAAAGCUAACAUCAUGAAGUUGGCUGACGGCCUCUUUCUGGAGUGCUGCAAGGAGGUCGCCAGUGGUUACCCCGAAAUCACCUUCGACAGCAUGAUUGUGGACAACACCACCAUGCAGCUGGUCUCCAGACCUCAGCAGUUCGAUGUGAUGGUGAUGCCCAACCUGUACGGGAACGUCGUGAGCAACGUGUGCGCCGGGCUGGUCGGGGGACCGGGCCUGGUGCCAGGAGCAAACUAUGGGACGGACUACGCCGUGUUCGAGACGGGCACCAGGAACACGGGGAAGAGCAUUGCUAACAGCAACACGGCGAACCCCACGGCCAUGCUGCUGGCCUCCUGCCUGCUGCUGGACCACCUGAAGCUGCACGCCUAUGCCAGCAUGCUGCGCAGGGCCAUCCUCUCCACCGUCAGCGAGACCCGGCUGCACACGGCUGACCUGGGGGGCCACGGCUCCACCUCUGAGGUGGUGCGCUCCGUCAUGAACGCUGUUCAGAGCACCGGGCCCCUGACGCUCAGCAUCUAGAACAAACACGCAGUGAAAGUAAGCCUCUCCUCAGAAGGUCCUCUAUGCAAUUUCAUAAUAUUAUAGUUAUUUAUAUUAUUUAUUUAGUUAUACUGAAAUGAAACUGUAACAAGAAUCUAUGCAAUAGUUUUAUGUAGAAUGGUUCCUGAUCUGCACUUCGUUUGCAUUGAUACUUUACCUGAAAAUACCGUAAUGCUGUAUGAAACACAACACAACUCCUUUUACAAUCUUUUCCAUAUCUAUUAGUUUUUAUUUAUUAUGAAACACAGCUGUCUACUGAAACUCAGCUGUCCUACUACUGAAUGUGCUGGGCUGCACUAAAUGCAAAAUAAAU